AUGUUGAGCAGUUUAGGCUUUAAAACUGGGAUUAGAGCAGCUUACAAUGUUCUGGAUAACCCUUCGUUUGUUAGUGAACCAUGGACGGUAUACCCUGCCAAGCAUAAGUCAUCCAAUAGAAUAGUUUCCGUUUUCAUAUUUGAUAAGCUGAAAUUUGAAUCACAAGUUCAUCGAAUGUGUCAGAUGUCAUCAUUGGCUGCAAAUAGCAGCCCUAAAAAAGUAAUUAAAGAAUGUUAUGAGUUGAUCAAAUUUGAAGUGAAUCAAUUGAGUAAAUUGAGACAUCCACAAAUAUUGACUACUCUUGAACCAUUGGAAGAGACAAAGACAAAGUUUAUCUUUGCCACUGAAGCAGUUGUAAGUGAUUUAAAUACGGUGGCUUCAAAAGAUUUGGAUGAGUUGUCGAUUCAAAAGGGGUUGUUACAAGUAGCCAAGGGGUUGCAAUUUAUUCAUAAUCAGUGUAAUAUAAUUCAUUUGAAUAUCCAGCCAUCUUCCAUAUUUAUCAACACUCAAGGUGAUUGGAAAUUAGCUGGUUUUACAUUUUUAAAGAAUCUUAAUGAGAUAUCACCUCAAGAACGAGAUAAUUUCUUUAUCAUGAACACAUCAUCUUUUAUUCCAUUUGCAAAUCUAAAUUUAAAUUUUACAGCACCUGAAUUGAUUGUUGAUCCUCAACCCAAAUUGGAUUUUGCUAAUGAUAUAUGGUCGUUUGGAAUGUUGAUUUUUUAUUUAUACAAUUACGAUGAAUGUGAUCUGUUGAUUAACUUGCAUGAUACCAAUAGCAUUCAAGAUUACAAACAUGAAUUUCGCAAAUUUGAAUCUAAAUUCUACAGUCAUCGAACUAGUCCUACUGAGUUGAGGUAUAUUUUGAAGAAAGUCCCGGAAAAAUUGUACCCUUUGUUUCCUCAAUUGCUUGCGAGGUACCCCUAUGACAGAUUAAGACUAGAUCAAUUCAUAGACUCAGAUUUCUUCAAUGGCACCAUUAUUAAAGCCAUGUGGUUUAUUGAUGAGUUUACAACAAAGGCAAUUGAUGAGAAAUUGGUGUUUAUGAGAGGAUUACUUGAAUUCGAUCCGACAACACAAACUGACUUGAUUGGCCAAUUUCCUUCUGCAUUUAGAUCGCUGAAGAUAUUGCCGUUGUUAAUUGGGCAAUUGAUUAACGAGUUGACUGUUUUGGACGAAACAGUGGCUAUAGAUCCCAAUAUCGACGAGUUGAUUUCGUUGUCGUUGGAGAUUGUUAUGGCAAUUUCCAAAUCGUUAUCAGCAUUGACUUUCCAAGAUAGGGUUUAUAAUGUAUUAUUAAAGGACAGCUCAUCACUACUGGAAAAGGUCUAUGAUGUUGUUUUCAAAGACGAGGCCAAAAGCAAGAAGUUGAAAACAUUUACUAAGCUUAUCAAUGCAUCAGUUAAGACAAGAUUAACCUUGGUUAAGAACUUAAAUGUGUUGCAAGAAAAAACCAAUGACAAACAAUUUAUGAGUUUUAUAAAGACAAUAUUGGAUCUAGUUUUUACCCUAGCGGCGAAAGAACAAGAUCAAAAAGAAGUUCAAAUAGAAUUACAAGAAAAAUUUCUUGAUUAUAUUCCCAAUUUCACAGAUAAGGUUGAUUUUUCAUACAUGAAGAAUACGUUUUUCCCAUUAUUGAUUAAGAUUUUCCAAGCAACAUCAGUAUUUUCCACGAAAUUGAAGAUCCUCAACACAUUUGAAAAAUUUGUUGAUGCCAGAGUUAUUGAUAAAAUAAUCAUUAAUGAGCAAUUUCUCCCGGUGACAAAAUCAUUAAAGAAUCGAGAAGAGGAAAUUGUUGUACGAAUUCUCAAAUUUUUUGAAAAAAUUGUAUCUAAUGAAGAUAUGAAUUUAGAUUUGAAAAUGCUUGUUGAUUCAAUCAUACCACAAUGUUAUACUUUAGCUUUUGAAUGUACUGAUUGCGAUCAAAAGGAGUUUAAAUCAUUCAUGGUCAUUAUAAAUAAGAUUCAAAAGGCGAUGAUGGAAAAGAAAUUGGCACAAUUACCGGAACGACAUAUUAAUGGUGGAACUGCUAGUGGUAGUGAACAGGGAAAAGUGAGAGGUAAGCCUAAUUUUGAGACAUUAUUGGAAUCUCAAGCUAUAAAAGAGCCAGAGAAGCCAGAAACUGCACCAAAGAGUCAAGUCAUGCAGCCAACGAGGAAAAGCUCCAAUUCGUCGCGUACUGCAACGAGACUGAAUACACUAAAUACAGCAAGAUCUAAACCAACAAUGACAAAGCCUACGCCCAUAAAUUUAACACAAUCUACUCCAUUGAAAUUUGGAGCCACCACCACCAACAACAACAAUACCACCACCUCCAAUCUAUUUGAUAGCUUGAAAAGUACCUAUGAUAGACCAGCUUAUCAUGACAAUGAAGGUGAUGACGACUUUGAUGACUUUCAACUGGCCAAUGCAAUCAACAAGAUCAAAUCAAAUAAUAAGAUUAAUUGGACAUCAGAAGCGAACAAGAUGAAGAGUUUACCAACUACGCCAUUAAGUCCAACUAACAAUAGUAAACCACCUUCAAUGGGUAAUUCUACACACAAUUCACUGCAUGUUGCAAAUAAUUAUCCUCCCGGGUUCAAUUCUUCAGUGUUGUCGCCAAAGGGAGCCAAUAUGCUGCCUAACAGGUCGAAUACAACGUCACCCCCACAGAAUAAAAGUGGCAAUACUAGUGGUAUAAAUGCUGAUCUACUAGAUCUAUUGUAA